AGUGCAUUUGAACAACUCAGCUGUUUAUUUGCUGUAGAUUACUGUAGAACGGCUCUUCAAAAAUAGUUUUUGUUACAGCUUCUAAAUUUCUCCUGAAGGAAAGUUUAAUUAUGACGAUUUAGACGUGUGUUAAAGACACAUCUGACUUAAUCAGGUGAAUACUUUCAGCCUUCUUGGGAGUUAAUUAUUUCUGGACCAAAGGAAGACUAGAAAAUAUAAUCUUUCACUGACAAUGGAAAACAAAGAUGAAGCCAGUGAUUCUGAUAGUGGAGUAAUUCUGCAGUCAGGAUCUGACAGCCCUCAGUCACCAACGAAAGAUAAAUAUCAGUCUCUCAUCUCACGUAAGCAAAUGCUGGAAGAAACACUUGAACUUUAUUUGGAUGAACUGAAGAAGCUGUGUUUACGUGAAUCUGAGUUGACAGGAUAUUUGCCAAAAGAGUACCCAUUAGCAGAAGGGGAAAAGCCACCCACAGUCCGCCGCCGUAUAGGAACAGCCUUUGAGUUGGAUGAGAAGACAAUUACAGCUAAAGGAGAGGACUCCGAACUUGCCUCUCUGGAGAGGGACUUUGCCUUGCAGUUACAGUUUGUGGAGGCAGCCAAGCGACUAUCACAAGAAACAAAUCUAAGCAGGCAUAUAAGAAAACAAAGGAAACAUGACUGUGUAAAAGAACAAAAGAAACUAAAUGAUAUCAAAAAAGCUAUAAAUGAACGUCAAGAAAUGGCUGGUAGACAAACACUGCAGCCAUGUACUACAACCGAAGAAUUGAUUGCUUCUGAUGACAGUUCUCUAGAAGAUGAGAUGGGACAUCAUUGUAGCCAAAAUUCGUCAAGAGAAUUAUUGACAUCUGAGCAUGGGAUGCAAAGGAACCAAUCUUCGCUGCCUCCUCUGCAGCCCAAUAGGCCGACCCCACCUCAAACUCUGGAAGGGAUUAAUCCUGUCUUGUAUCAAUGGAGUGAUUAUGACAAAUCACCAGUCACAGACACAGCAUGGAUGGAGUCUAAUCUGGAUGAACCAUAUGAGAAAGUGAAAAGAAGCUCCUCUUUGAGUAGCAAGUCAAGCAGUCCAGCAGUGACUCCAUUGGAUUCUGGAUCAGGUGAUAUCAUGUCUUUACAACAUUUUGAAAUGAGGAACAAUCUAUUUCCAAAUCAAAAUUCAAUAAGUGCACCAUCAACCCCUGAACUACGAGGGCGCCUCCACCAUCAAACAGCAAGAUAUUUAGAUGUGAGCCGUUUCCCAGCACCUCCUGAUCAAAGAGGGCGCAGCAUGGUUCCCCAAAGAAGAUCAUCAAAUUAUGCAGUUAUUAUACCCGAUUUUCAUGCUACUGGAAUGAAAAACAGUGAUCAUUUACAUUUAAUGCCAUAUCCUUUGAGUGGGUAUGCCAGCUCAGAAUCCAAUAGCUCUGGAACGUCAACUCCAACAUAUAUUCCAACACCUCAUGAAUAUAAUGCAGCAGCAGCAAGGCAUUGGCAAGUCUAUAACUCGCCUGUAAACCUGGAAAUACCUAUGUUACACGGUAGUGGAUAUUAUCAUUGUAAUCCAAGCCAGUCAUUCUCCCACUAUCGAGCAGUUGAACGCACAGAAGGAAAUGCAAUGAAUCAAAUGUGGGAAAAGGAUCCAAAUCGACAAUAUUCCACUGUGCAAUACUCAAAUACUCCACUUUACAGAGAGUGCCAAUACAUUGAUGAGAAAAAUUCACCGACCGUGCAGCGAAUUACUCCAUCACACUGCAGGAUUGUAAGGACUCCUUCACUAAAGGAAUACCCCAACAGGGGCUUGCUGAGGGAGGUUGUGUCAGAGGAGCUACAGUCAUGGCAUGAGCGCACUAGGCAGAGGAAUGGGCGUCCUCGCUCGCUGGACAGACAAGGCGCCUUUCGAGGUCCACGUUCACAGAGCAGAGGUCGAGAGCAUUAUAUGUAUCGGCCAGCACACCCUAUUCAGAUAUAUGAAGGAACUAUGUAUAAUAAGGAAUUCAACAGAGGCACAUACCACGCUGGAUGAAAGAAUAUCCACAAAACCAAUGGUACAUGUCAGAAGAAUCGGAAGUUGCAAGCCAGUUUUAAAGACUAACUACUGCGAGUUGAAAUUCCUGAUCAUCUAAAUGAGCCAAUUUGUCGAUAACAGUUACAGGAACAAUCAUUCACCUUGGCGAAGAAAUACCAUACAGCAAAUCCAUCCAACUUGCAAUACUUACACAUGACCUAUAAGACUUACAUUUUGGCUUUCUGGAAUAAUGCAAAGAUCACAACCGAGAUUUACUCAAAAUGUUAAUAUCAUUUUUGUUUGAAUGAACUCAAUUGCCCAUCCACUGGACUGUCAAUGUUAAUCCCUCUGUAAUCAUGGUGCUAACUAUAUUGUACAGAGCUCUGAUAUAUUCAGCAAGUGGCACCUAACGUACACCUGCACAUGUUUUGUAAUUCAGACUCAGUACUUAUUGAUGCUUCUUAACAAUUAUUCUUAUUUAUAUUUCCUGUUUUUAAAACUUUAUUUACAAAGUUAUAAAGGCUAAUCAAUGACACAGUAUUUUCGUAAAGCAACUAUUCAUAAUAAGGAUAAAGAGCCAAAUAUAUUAAACGCAGUGAUGCAUUUCACAGAGUGUGAAACACAGAUUUAAUAGUAGUAAACUGAUGAAUAAAAUACUAGUGUAUCUACAAUGCUAAACAUUUCUAUUUCAGUAUAAAUUGAUGUACCAGUCCUGAAAUAGUAUUCAGGAACCUGAGUCUUCUGCAUUGCAUUAAGAUAUCACCAAAAAAAAAUGUUUUCUACUGAGAAUUGCUAUUAACCUCACAGCCUCCCUUCUUUCCAGUUUUUUCACCAUUCUUGACAAAAUCUGUUCUUGAAGUUAAGAGACAGAUUGACUGUUCCAUUAUUUUGACAGUAAUUAAUGUAAAAAUGAACUGAAAUAGAACAGUCAAGUCCCAUAGAGGGAUAGUCAAGAAAAUGGGAAUCAUCAAGUUGAUGAUGCAACUGUUAGGAGAGUGGUCAAAUGUUUUGUUAAAGUAAUAAGUUAUGAACAGAAUUUAACUUAGAGAAAUGAAAAAGGUAGGUUUAGGAAUGUAUAUUCCAUCAUAAGUUCUCACUUCAAGAAAGAAGCUAUGAGAAGAGAAAAUCAUAAGUAUAGCAAAGUUUAUCUCAGCUAAAAUCUGUUUAAUUAAGGACUCUAGUCCUGUGCUCCCAGCAGAUAAUAUGGUGUAGACAGUUGAAAGCACAGCUCCCCAUGGUAAGUAAAGGAGUGGUGAGUGGGAAUGGAAUUGGACAGAGACAGAAGUCUGAGAAUUUGGGGAAAGAGAAGGUUUCAAAGAUAGGGAAGAGUGACAUCAUGGAAGGAUUUAAACAAGAUGACAAUUUAUUGAUUUAUGACCGGAAAAAUAAUAAUUUGCUACUUACCAUAAUUUCACAAAGCAUUCUACAAUUACAAAUGGACUGGCCUAGAUGCCAAUUUAAAAUUGGUCCGAACCAAACUUUGGUGGUGGCAGUAAGUGGCACUAAGUGAUUUGUUGCUUCAGAGAGGUAGCACAGAUUUGACAGGCCAAAUGGCUGCAUUUGUGCUAUAACAAAUCUGCAAUUCCUUUCUCUAUCUUGCCUUUUUUUUUGCUCUCUCAUGGAAUACUGGCUGGGCCAGCAAUUAUUACCCAUUCCUACUGCCCUUGAGAAUAUUGUAGUAAGCUGCUUUUUGAACUGCUACAGUCCAUGUAAUGUAAAUAGAUCCAUAAUGCUGUUAGGGAGGUGGUUCUAGGAUUUUGACCCAGCGAUACUGGAGGAAUAGCGAUAUCAGGUUGGACAUCAAGUUAGUCAGUGGCUUAUAGGUGAACUUGCAGGUGGUGAUGUUCCCAUAUAUCUGCUGCCCUUGCUCUUUUAGCUGGAAGUGAUCAUGGG